ACUCAUUACGAAUAUUGUAUUCAUAAUUUUUCCAAUUAUUGCACUCUCAUUUUUAUGAAGUUGCGUUUCAUUUAAAGUCGUCCUGUUAUCGAGGGCCUGUAAACUUGUAAGAAGAAAUUUCAUUUUCGCUCCUUUCAUUUUUGAUAGGAUGAUUCCUUAUUCAUUUUGAAAUUACGCCAAUGUUUCGACUAAUAUGUAUUCGGUUUUCGAAUAAGUCCAUACCAGCUUCGAUACAAACGUACAAAACCCUACAAUGUCCCCUACAAAACCUUGCGUUGACCUUGAGGACUCUUGUGCCACGGAAGAGCUUAUCGACAGAUCGUAUGUACAGGGUUAUUACCGCGAUGUUUUGCCAUAAAGGUAAAUCGAAAAUAUGUGUCCGUCAUCGUGGAGCAUAGUGCGCGCGUGUCGCGCGCGUAAUUCAAUCGGUCGACUCAUCUCGUCGACACUGGCGUGUUGUAACGCGAGCCCGAGACAGGCUACGGUUUACUUGUUGGGACAUCUCGGGACACACGAUACUGGGAUAUUGAUGAAUGGUGUAAGGAUAAGCCUAUCCAAAUAAUACUCGAAUAUUUCAUACCUAGCCGAAUACAAUAAAACUCCAUGUACCCGAACCGACUUUUGUGAGUAUUACGAGUAAACUUGGAGUACGUAAGUCACAAAAGUCGCACCGCUCCGAUAUCGCGAAUCUCACGAAUAAAGAUAAUCCAAUAUCGAUAUUCGAAUACAGGAGGAUUCGAAAGUAACUCCGAGCUCUAGUACAUGUUAUACCGCGACGGACGCAUACUAUGAUUACACGCGUGCGCCCAAGUACGCGCGUACUCACACCAUCGCGUCGACAGCCGGCUAGUCGGUAGGAACAUUCGAUUUCAGUCGAAAGCGAAAACUCGCUUAGCCAGCCUGUUUGGUCGCGAUCCGUCUCAUAUAAAACACGCGGUAUUCUUACUACGUGAUCACUGUUUACUCGUCGACCUCGACGCGUCAUACUUGUCACAUUCGGAACGUCCGAGGUACCAGCUGGCUCCUCAAAACGGUCAAAUGUCGUUCGGCUGUUGCGGUAGCGGCGAAGUCGCCGGCGAAACGUUCACCGACAUCCUUGAGAACGUGUCGCGUGUACCGCGUACAAUCUACGACAGUUUCGUCCGCGAUGUCGGGCAUUUCGCCUACGAGUGCUCGUGGUUUUUCCUCGUCGUUGCUGUUCUCCUAUUGACGAGCUUGUUCGCCGUGGGGCGAGUUCACGUCACGCCGUCUCGACCCACCGGACUUGAAGAGUAGCGCGAUCUUCCGGUGCAUGCGUGACACUAUUCUUAUUCCGUCGGUGUAAAUAAAGGUGAUCAUGUGGAACAGUCCUAUCCGAGAGUGGAGGUCCUUACGCAGCUUUAACCUGCACCAAACGUCGUAUUGGAUAAACAUUCAUACAUCAGCCAGCCUUCGCACACUAUGAUAACGGAGAUACAGAAUGCGAGAACAGACUUCAGAGUAUGUUGAUAACUGACAGUGAUCAGAGUUUAAUUAAAAUCGCGCAGGUCUCCAGGAAAUGGAGCAAGUGCGACGAAAAGGGGUUAAUCGACCCCUGUUUUAAAUAGAUAAUGUAGAGUAUUAAUAAAUUGACACAGCAUUGAAAAGUGACUAAUUUGGCACUGAAUAUCCAGUGGCCCUUUGGACUCGUAGCUCCUUUAACCCAACGCCUUAAGCCGGCCCUGCAUGGAAGCAGUCGUUUCGGCCGUAUCGCGAUCGCCGACGCGAUGUAAACAGUCCGCGAAUGGCGUCGGUUUGACGUGAAUCUCGUUUCGUCACGCGGUGUCUCUGGGGCGUAAUCCCUUAUUGGUCGAUGUGAUUUCGGUUUAUCGCGCCCGAUUGGACGACGAUAACGUACUUUACACGGUGUCGUGUCGAGUGUGGCGCCGAUGCGCACCAGACCGUCAUAACUAUGCUGUGUCGUCUGCUAAUGUCUCGAACGUUGUUCGAAGAGAAGCAACGGCGUCGCGUGGAGGCGGAAUGAAUGAACGGGAAGAGGACGAUCGUGGCGCGGUGGGAGGAGAUGCGACGACACUCGUGUUGUGACGGCCCGCUGCCUGCUUGCCGAUUUGUAUCGAGGCGGUGCGUCCUUUCCUCGUUGGAGACGAGCAAUGCGGUAUACCCAGUGCAUGGAAAAAGAUUCCUGUCGCUCGUGACUCGAUCGGCGAACGUCUUCGACGAGCAGAGAGCAUAAUCUUCCGCGGAUUAUGAACCCGAAUGGAAACUUUCGUAGCACUUCGUUGGAAGAUAAGGCGCGGUUCUGUGAUGCAAAGUAGAGUCGAUUCUUGUUUCCCACUUCGAUGAUUGAUCCGACGACCCCGCGGAGCGAUGACUGGCUAAGGUCAAGCGCGUAUUUUGCACUCUCGAUUUUCUCUCUGUAUAGCGAUUUUCAACUUUGGGGCGUGAUCAUUAGAGGGCGGGCCAGUCUACGGGUGGGGGUUGCCGGGGGGUGGGGUUAGAGUUGCAAAACGUCGCUUUCUAACAAUACAUGUACUUCUUUCGAGUCUGUAAAACAAUGUACUCUCACUUUUCACUUGUCGUAGCUAAUCUUACACUUGAAAUUACGGUUUUUUUUGAUUGAAUUGUGAUCUUUAUGAAAUACAGUUUCUAGAUAAAAAGUUACACGAAUAACAUCGUAAAUAGUUAUUUGAAUUCUUUGAUACGAAACAAGAAUAAAAGUUACAAAAAGAAGUAACAAUCUUUUUCACGAGAGUUUUUUGCAAGCAUUCAGUUUUGGCUAGAGAAUCUUUUUAAACAGUUCUUGAUAUGCGACGAAGUAAACGUAACAGAUAUUAACAGCCUCCUAUAAAUUUAACAACUUUCAAAGGAACAUAUAGUUUCUACGCGAGAACCUGGAUUCCAGGAUUUGUUAAAUUCCACUAAUCUAAAAUAAAAAGAAGUGGCGUUGUUUCUUCGGUGAACAACGCGUCCACGUCUUCGCGUGGGUGGGAUUCGCAAUAUUUGUUCAACGUGACGCUUUCAGAAAAUUCGUUGAAAAGACCGAUCUCUCGGCACGAUUACCGCUGACACUUAUCGCGAGUCGGUUCUCUUUCAGAGGGUUUGAUGGACAUGAUGAAUGUGCAUCGUUGUACGUAAAUAAAUGACCUACAGGGUGGAAGGAGAGAAACUUUCGGAUCGUAAAAAUAUCACGGAAAUCCACGUCUUGAAUCGUGUUUCUCAGAAAUACGUCGAGCGAUUUUGUUUAGUCCUCGAUUUCAAUUUUGCCUGGCGCUUUAAAUAUCUGCUUAUCCAGAAAAAAAUGUCGAACGACGAAUAAGAAGUAAAUCAAUCUAUCUAUUAGUCAUGAAAUAGAAAUAAAAAUUCGAGGUACGAAAUAAAGUACUUGGCAAUGAACCAAUAAAAAUUGAAUUGUUCGAUAAGCGUCACGAGUAAAUUGAAAUCUGUCGACUUCGUUCGUCGUUUAUUAUCCGAAUAACUUUGUGCACGUUCUCGUUAUCGAAUCGAUGCUCCACGCAACUGGACGAGGACUUUUUCCAAGCGACUUCGAUAAGUGGCUAGAUCAAAAGCAAGUAUUUAACUUGUUCGCAUUUAUAAGCGUGCCGGCAGGCUACUUUGACCAUGGCCUUAAUCGCAAUGUAUACUGAUAUGUAUACGCGAUGCACGCAUCGCCUUUUACUGCACUUCGAAAACCGUAAACUCGUAAAAUUAUCUUCGGCCUGCGGCGAAGUUACGCCAGUUUCGCAACAUACUCCAGUUAUUUCCGUAGCUAUCGUACUCGACGAUAUUAUCCUUGGUACACUUAUUAUCAAGUUUCACUUUCGUGAUAAUCAAACUGUUUGCCGACUGAUAUUGUUAUUUUUAACGUCGUCUUUGUCAUUCGUUUCUCGUGUCAUCAUUCUUUUCUUUAACCCAGUUGUACAUGUUCCGUAAGUGAUGCGAAUAACGAGUAAUUAACAGAGGUCCGAAUGAGAUCAUCUCUGGAAACAUUUUCUUCGGAAAAUUUCGCCAAUUGAUCGGUGAAACGCUCAUUGAAAUAAAAUGAAAAUAAAAUCUCUACUCGUACAUUAUAUUUCUCGUUGAUUUGAUCGUGUGACGUUCUUUCUACAUUAUAUUUAUCUUUUUUGUUGCAGGUAAGCGAAGAGCGAUACGUAUUAUAAAUAACAUGGCUGUUGAUGUAAGUCGGAAGGAUCUCUCAGACGUAUCGUCCCUAGAAACCCAACAUGUCAUCAAAUUAAAGUUGACCGUUCGAAUGCAAAAGGUCUGAGCGGCCGCGAGGGUCCUCCCACGAGGAAGAAUCCCGGGUAGAGGGUGCGAGAAGGCAUAAAGGAAUCGAGAGAGAAGCGAGGUAACAGAGUGUUGGUUCAUCCUCGAAGGACAAUGGCGGGCGAGGACACGCAGAUCCUGGCGAACGGGAACGUCGAGGCCCUCACGAUAAUCCCCCAGAAGAUGGCGAAUGGGAACGGGCUGAUUUGUGGCAAACAGCACAACAACAACGGCUCGAUACCGAAUGGGAAGCUUCACGAGAUUGGCGGGACGGAAAACGGAAAGCUGAUCAUGUCAGACGAGAAGUCGAGUAGCCUUCACACGGAGUUCGACGAUGCCGACGUCUCCUGUGGCUGGGGUCCCUGCAGACCGCGCUGGCUCCAAUAUUUUGCCACGAAGCAGGCCUUCCUGGUCACCUUCUGCAUCACCUGGGUCCUCCAAGGCAUGUACUACACAUACUUCGUCUCGGUAAUCACGACGAUCGAGAAGCUCUUCCAGAUCCAGUCGAAGACCACCGGUAUCAUAAUGUCGGCGACGGAGAUCGGCCAGAUCGGUUCCUCUCUCUUGCUCACGUACUACGGAGGCCAAGGUCACCGGCCUAAGUGGAUCGCUUGGGGCAUGAUCCUCUUCGCGGUGAGCUCGUUCACCUGCUCGAUGCCCCAUUUCAUCUUCGGUGAACAGCUGAUCCAUCAGAACGAGAUGAUUUUCAGCGGUGUCGGGCCGAGGGGCGAGGACGGGAACCCGAACAGCACCGAUCCCGUGCCUGCUUACCUUUGCACGCUCCCUGAUCGGUCAGAGAACUUCACGCUGAACGGGCUCUCGUCCACGACAGCGCAAGGUGACGCGUUGAAUUACUGCGAGGGCAAGUUCAAGACCGAGCAGAUCAUACAGAGCAAAAUCACCACGGUGGUCUUGGCGAUAUUUUUCGUCUCUCUGCUGGGGGUUGGCAUGGGCCAGACGGCGGUGUACACCCUUGGGAUUCCCUACAUCGAUGACAACGUGGCUAGCAGGGAAAGUCCUCUGUAUUUCGCGAUUACCAUCGGAGUGAGGAUCCUCGGUCCAGCCCUAGGGUUUAUCCUGGGUUCAUUUUGCACGAUGAUUUAUGCGGAUUUGUCGAUGAAUCCGCAAAUCACGCCGAAGGAUCCGCGAUGGGUUGGAGCAUGGUGGCUGGGUUUGGUGCUAAUAUCCGCCAUGCUGGUGCUGGUCAGCCUCGGAAUGUUCGCGUUCCCGACGCGACUGCCCGCGAGCAGAACGCCGCCAAAACGUCCGGACUCCAAAAAGCCUAGUCUCAGAGACUUCCCUAAAGCGGUGAAGAGGCUGUUGAAGAACGACAUUCUUAUGUUCCGGACGGCCAGCAGCGUGCUGCACAUCCUACCGAUCGCCGGCCUCUACACCUUCCUGCCAAAGUACCUCGAGAGCCAAUUUCGCUUGCCAGCUCAUCAUGCGAACAUGAUCUCAGGUGUCGGUGGCAUUUUAGUAAUGGGUCUGGGUAUUAUAAUUAGCGGAGUGUUUAUCCUGAAGGCAAAGCCUAACGCCAGGUUUGUCGCAGCCUGGAUCGCCUUCACAGCGGUUGUUUACGCGUUCGGCAUGUGUGUGCUGAUGUUCAUCGGCUGCCCGAUGGACGAUUUCGCUGGUCUUGUUUCUCAUUCCAACGGAUUGUCCAGUUUCGAGCCGACCUGCGAUGCUACCUGCGACUGCGAUAGGAACAAGUUCAGUCCGAUUUGCGGUGCCGAUGGGAAAACCUAUUUUUCCGCGUGUCAUGCGGGCUGUUCGAAUUACACUGUGCUCGACGGCAAGGUGACUACGUUUUACAACUGCCAGUGCAUCGGGGCGAACAUAACGAUGCCGGAAACAACGAGCACGGCGACGAUCGGUUACUGCCCGCUGGAGUGCAGUAACUUUUGGGUUUAUAUGGUCCUGUUCUCCGUGUUCGUUUUCAUCCACUCGACCAGCGAGGUGGGCUCCAUGCUGUUGAUCCUGCGGUGUGUGGAUCCGCGGGACAAGGCCAUGGCUUUGGGGCUCAUACAGUUCGCCAUUGGCCUCUUCGGUAACGUUCCGUGUCCUAUAGUUUAUGGUGCUGUGGUGGACUCCGCUUGUCUCGUAUGGGAAUACGCUUGCGGCUCAAGGGGCGCCUGCUGGCUUUACGACUCGAAUAUCUUCAGAAUGUUCUAUCAUGGUACGACGGGUGGUAUCCUGGUCCUGGCGUUCGUAGUGGAUAUAGUGGUCUGGUACAAAGCUGGUAGCAUCAACUUCGUGGACGAGCAAGAGGUGGAGGAGGGUACUGUGGAGGAAAUGGCCAACCUGAAGUCCCAGGACGCGCAGGCGGUGGAGAACGACUAUUUGUGAAGAGUCUCUGGCCGACUUCAAUGGCAUCCCAUGAACCAGGCCUGAAUCUCGCGUCGCGAGGCGGGACAAAGCGGUCAUGAGUCUGUUCCUAACCGAAGGCAACCCGCUGCCAGGAAGCUCGCCAAGUGUCGGACUGGCGAAUCGCGUCGCGUUCGCCGUGUCUGUGGACUUCGUCGGGGGACUAGGACUAUCGCGAGCCCGUCGGAUAGAUUCUAGAGGGGACAACGCAAACACUGGUGCUCACGUAAAUUGUCUCUCGCAGUCUGAACGGAGACCAGGACGACGAGGUCGGAUUACGAACUGUCGAGGGAAGGCGGUGCUGGGCCACGGAGAUGCCCAUAGUUUCCGAAGAGGCUGUGUCGAGAUUAGCUUAUAGGACGAGUGCGUCGCUGGAGCACGAAUACCGGAAGAACGCGUUGGAAGAGGAAGGGUAGCUGGAACAGAGUAGUACUCGAGGUAGACGAUGAGAAUCGACGAUCAAAGACGACGUUUCUCGGGCCUGAAAACGCGAUUCGUCCCAGGAGAGCCUGUCAGAGAUGCUAUCUGCAAGUACGCUCUGGAAGUCUAUCUAGAGGAACAAAGAAUCGCUGCAGAUUGGAAAACUCUUUCUGAUCGAGGACGACGAUCGAACGGAUAGGAAAACGCUGAAUUCAAGGACGCCCAGGACUCGAUCCCGGAACGAAUCAACACGAUUCAGCGCGUCACGGAGGUCUGCAUCCUCUAAACGAAACACGUCAACCAUUCCAGUUCGACCAGUCGGUGCGAUUCAUCCUGAUUUCCUCGCAAGUGAAGACAAAGGAGGUGUUGCGUGUAUUGUGUGCGUGCAGGAGGUAUACAAGGGAAUCUAGGUACGUGUGCAUAGCCUCGAGUCGCAAUUGGGUUUACUGUCCGCUCGAAACUCUCGUUCCUUGGGAUCUUGAAGAAAGUAUAUUCGUAGAUGUUGAGUCUUUCGAAUGCAAUCCUUGAUGUUUUGCAAAAUUAUAAGGUUCCAGGGCAGCACUCUGUAGAUUUGUAUGAGAACAGAGUCUUAGUACGAUGUAAUUAUAUGACGAAUUUAGAUUUGUCUACAUUUUUUCUGGACCGUGCAAGUCAUGGAAGCUAAGGACUGCUGUAGAAGGGGAUGCAGAUGAUAGGCUGUUUAUUCUUAAUUAAAUGUAUGUAUCACAGAUAAGCAGUCUACAUCCUGCGUUGUCUUCUCAUUAGCAUCGGCAGCGACUUCCAUCAUCAAAAGAGUUGUGCGCCAUAAAAAUGGUCAAUUUCCACGUUGAAGACUGCAUUCGAAAGAGUAAUCAACAUCCACUGUGUCAACGUUACUGGCGAUGAAUUGUCCAAUCGCUAUCAAUUACCAUGAUAUUGAAGUGUUAGUUUCGAGCAGACGAAGGAGUUCUCGAUUCUCUGAUGUCUCUGAAAAUGGCAGAUUGUGUCGCAAGACGAUCGACAUCGACGACAAACUCGGGUGAGCUUCUCUUAGGCGCUACCGUCCGUGUUUCACUCUGCAAAUACACAUAGGCGUAGGCAAACCGUACGUACAAGCGAUUUAUGAUGUGUGCAUGCGUGUCGAUGAUAUUUGUCGUCGGACAGAGAGAGGGGGGAGCGAAUGAAAACGAAGAAAUAUAUAUAGGACAUAUUUUUAGAAGAUUUGACGACGAAAGGGAGGGAGAACAAAGAGUAACGUUAAUUAUUAAUAUUAUUAAGGCCGAUGCGACACAGGGAAAGAGGGAUGUCACGAAACGCGAUGGUCGAAGUAAUGGGGAAAAUGCGAGGAGCCAUAAGAUCUGUAUUUUAAUAGGUUACGCAAUUUACACACUCGCGAGACACGCCUGUGCUUUUAACGCUUCGAGCCUUCACCAUUUUCGACUCGCGUGGAAUGGCUGGCCUGUUCGUUUGUUAACUUUCUGAAGGCGCAGCUCAGAAGCUACAUUGUCAGAGGCUUACAGCUUAGUCCUGUCGAGUGGCUAAGGAUCAUCCACGAAUUUUCUCUUGACUCCUUUGGAACGGAUUUCUCUUGACACUCUGGGACUUCCAUGGAAGUUACAUCAACCCUUCGAGUUCCUCAGUUUGUUAGAGGAAGGCACUUAUUAUGGCGUUUCAUUCUCUCAGUGCUAAAAGCUCAGUGGAACAGAUGGUGAUAUCUAAUAGCUGGUUUCCUUUGAUUGGUUAACCAGCCAAUAGAUGACGGGUUCUGUUUCUUGUCGAGCCGGUCCUGGUCUGUCAGUUUCUUCGCUUUGUGUCUGCUAGAUUAGGAUUUUUCAAUUCUUCAGAAAUUUGAGUAUAUUUGGAUAUUUUAAUUAGAAUUUGGAAGAUGAAUUAAAUAUCGCGAGUUGUCGUUGACGAAAAAGUUAAACGAACAAUCAAUGCGAAUAGACUUCUGUGUCCCAUUAGAACAGUAAAACAUAAAAGAUUUCAAGGGGUUAUCGCAUAGAGGGAAGACAAGAGUGGGAUUUAAGAUACGCAUUUAGGGUAGGCAUUAGUCGCUAUAAAUUUCGCGAAUUAUUCGAUUCAGGGGCAUUGCUAAUGUACUACACCGUUUGUGUUUGUUUUGGGAAGUGUUUGGCUGAAGUGAAUGAAAUCAUCCCCCAAUGAAGUGAGUUUUGUUUGAAUAAUGGUUCACACAAGUUUCCAAUACAUAAUUGACUAUAUAUAUUUAAAUACAUGUACAUACUAAUUAUUUUAGUCGAUGAAAAAUUUUGAUUCAUAUUGUAUGGUUCAUAUAAUAGAAUGUUCACAUAACAAAUGUUUGCAUACUGGAGAUUCCAUUAUCAUAGAAUCUCACAAUCAGAAUCUGACAGGAAGAUAUAAAAGCAAGUUCAAAUUAUUCUGACAAGACUCUAGUUUAAAGAACGAUAUUUACACUGUCAUUUAUAGAUCUAUUAUUCAAACAAAGUCAUUUGAUUAUUCUACAACUCUGCAUUGAACACAUGACUAUCUGGUUUCAUUGAUCUCGUUGAAGAUACAGCGAGGAACGGGAAAUAUAUUUUUGGAAAAUUUGGGAAUAUAUUUUUGUUUCAAUAUUAGUGUAUUUCUCAGACGACUUCGAAAACUGGAGAGCUAUUAAUUAAACAGGCAUGAGAAGUAUAUCUGGAACAUACUAGCAGGAUGACUGAUAUAUCACAGUUUAUCCUAUGUUUCUAAAUUAAUCUAAAUUAGUCUAAUUAAUGGAAGUUGAGAUCUAUUUUUCGCCAGAUCUGGAUAAAUCUCAUUUUAUUCUAAAUUAACAAUUUUAUUCUAAAAUAUAUUUGAAUUUAGAAAAUUGUACAUUUCUACAUUUUAGAUUUUAUUUAUUAUUAAUGCUUAGAGACACAAUAACUUUUCUUCAAGCUUCAGCAAAGGAUAUCCUCUUUUCCAAAAAUCAUCACAUGAGAAUAUGUAAAUCAUUAAUCAAUUACUUUCUCGGGAUGCUUAAUGACAAAGAGGGUAUAAAUAACAUUGCUAGAUGGUUAACUGUUGUCCAGGUGUAGUUGAAGUUUUAUUGUGAAAGAGAACGAUCGCGGAAAGCUAUUUUUUGUAUUAUCGUACCUCACACGAGAAAAAGCAAUAUAGAAAAUAAUAACAACUCUCUUGAUGUUUAACCAACUUCGAAAAAGAACGAGUUUACUCAGUUUGACAUGUAUAUAUUUUUUUUUUCUUUCACAAGUACGUAUUGAAGUGAUCAAUUUAUCAAAAAAAAAAAAAAAUAAAAAAAAUUGAUAGAAAGUUUCUAAUAAGUUUAUAAUAUCCAUAAUGUUAUUUAAAUUGCAAGAUUAUUUAAAUUUGGCCAUUUCUGGACAUACAACAGCAUUGAAAAAGUUAAACAUAGUAGAUGCACGUUAUAUUUGUUUGUGUAUGUAUGUACGUGAGUGUGCACUUGUACCGGUAAGAGAAGAAUCGCACGGAGGUGGAUUAUGGCCUCCGCGUACCCGUUGAUCUCCAAACGAGAAUUGUAUUUUUGUAUUCGAAGUGAACAUAAUCUAUAUUUUAAUCGAUCACACGUCAUGUAAGCACAGGGCAUGUAACGUUGAACCGAUUCAGCCUUUUAACACGUCAGUUUCUCGGAUCUCUGUGCAUUUCUCAGGACAGACAACAAAUUUUAUCAAUCAAUAGUUAUUGCAAGGAGAAAAUAAGCUCAUUCCCAAGUCAAGGGACUUUCUUUCUUCCUACAAUACACACGUCGACAUCUAGAGAGAGUUCAUAUUCUGAAUCAGGGCAGAAAGCAUACUCUUGUAAGAAGUUUUGGCAGACUCUCUCGAGACUCCCUCCAGAAGUUUCUUGGAAGUACGGACGAUAAUGUCAGGCGAGAUUUCGAGAAUACCCAAGACAUGAUUGCACAUAGAUGCUAAAUUGAUUCUAGAGUAUUUGCAUGGAACUAUACAGAGUUGUAUAAAGUGGCACACAUUAAUGCACACAAAUUUCUGAAAGCAUCUUUUGUCAAGGAAGGAGUUAAAGUUGAGAUCAAAAGGACGGACAUCUAUUUCUGGUCAGGCCUGUAUCAAUUAAGGACAAUUGAAUGAAAAAACUAUUUUUCAGAGCUUAGAGACGAUUAGCCCGUAUGUGCAUGCGCUCUUCUCUUGGGUUCGAUACCUUUUAUCAUAGGAUUCGAAGUGGCCAUCGUUCCAUGUGUCUGUCGCAGAGUCAGAGAUAUUUUUUUCUUCAGGGAAAUACGACGAUAUAUAUUUUCCAAGAAUGUCGUGAAUCAGUAAUCAGAGAUGAGCAAAAUUUUGAUGACUACUAUAUCAACCAUACUUUUUCUUCAUUGGUUACUCAUUUAUUAUUCAAUAUUGUUUAGAUGCAAUUGAAUAUAUGAGCAGUAUCCCUGAAAGUAGAAAAUAGAAUUAAAGUAGAAUAAAAAUUUUGCUCAUUACUGCCAGAGAACCUUCGUCGUUUUCGACGAGAAGUACUCAAUUAACCCUUUGCAGUCCUGUGUCGAGUGGGACUCGACAAAAUUGUAACGAAAUCAGAAAAUCUGGAUCACAAAGGGUUGGACGAAAGUGGUACAAGUGAAAGAUAGAAAGAUAGAGAGUCUGAGAUAGAAACAGCUAAUUAGUUUACCCGUGUAUUCUGACCACAAGAGAAGGAGGGAUACGGAUUUUUAACCAGCGAGUCCCGUUUUAUUUUCGGAUGAAAAGCGACGAGGUGGACAGCGAAUUGGGGUGUACUUGUGUGUUUGCCUUUAACGCUCGACACAUGAUUGUAUAUUACGUGUAUGAUAGACCUUGUAAAUAUAAGAGAGUACAAUAAUUGCCAAAAUAAAUCGUGGCGUGGAGCGACAGAGUCUCGAUCUUUAUUCUGCAUGUUGCGCCAGUUGCGUCUGAUGGGUGACAAAUGUUUGUGUCUCAGAUUUCUGUAUUGCUCGAAUCUGAACUCUGUUACAUUGCCUCUCAUGUUCGAACAUGCUAAUCUGAUAACUGCGAGAAUCAGACCCUAUGAUGGUGCCAUAACCUCGAAACACUGCCUGUUUACUGUUACUGCCAAUUCAUCAAAAGACUCGUCUAACAUUGAAACUACUGCACAUUGAACUACUGCCUAUUUCUACUUCGUUUUUUACUGAUAUUACGUGAACUGAAUUUAGAAGUGUUUUACUUCACAUACGUUGGUCCAGGAUAAUGGUCCACAGAUAUAAGACAUACAACUUUUGAAUAGUGACGUCUUAUUAACGUUUGAUAUGUACUUGUGAAUGUUUCAAAGCAUUUCUUUAAUCGAAAAAGACUCGUUGCAUUGUUUAUAAAAAACAUAUACACGUGUGUAAUGCGUAUAUAAAUUAUAUAAAUUACACGAACACAACGUUUACAUUCUUUAAGCAUUUAAAGUUCACCAAUAUAUUUACUCACCAAUACAGCGCCAUCACUGUCACGAUUCUCACUGUUCGAACAGACGUUAACUUUUUCUUUAAGAAAAAAAAAAAAAAGUGGUCACUGGCGUGACACGAAAUACCAUAAUAAUUAUAUUUUAGUAAAAAGAAUUUAUCGAUAAAUAUACUUCUAGGAUAAUCAGCUGCGUCUGCGGCGUAAACAGUUUUACCUAAUUACGAUGUAGUCUUUUUAAGAGAACCAUCAUUGCUAGUCUUUAACUUGCGACGUGCACGCGUGUAUCCGCACGUCCCGACGAAAUAUAUACUGGAUGUUCUGUGAAUUCCACGUUGGUGCAACUUUGUCACGUUGCAGGAAAAUUAAAUACGCAAAUCGUUGAUAUUUAGGUUGAUCAAGUUACUUUCAGCUCCAAAACGGGCUGCGUAACACGGAUGCGCACGAGUCCAUACCGCGACCUUUCAACCACGUCAAAUUACUUUAAUUUCAUAAGGUUCAUAAUUACUGAAAUAAGAUUGCAAGGACAUGUAGAGUUACUGAAAAAGUAUAGUUAAGUUGUAAAUUAAAGAAUCUCACCGGUGGAAUAAGUCUGAAGGUUGUUAAAACCGAUUUGCACGCAUCCAUGUUGCACAACGCGUGAUUAUCUAAGCAAUGGUUGGUACACACACUUUUAUAUUUGAAUCUCGAGUGUAAAAUUGUUGUAAAAUGUCAUUACAAGCGAAUGUAAGAUGCAAAGAUAUUUAAAUUGAAUUUAAACGAAUAUAUCAUAGUGUGAAUGGACUACCAGUCGAAGUAACGCAAAGUGUUAAAGUUGUUCCAACGUUAUACAUAUGCACCUAAUAUGUAUGCGUGUGUAUCAGGCGUAAGGAACGACUAAAUUGAUAAAUAAACGUAACGAAGAGCGGGGAAUAUAAAAAACGAUGAAAAAAAAAAAGGAGGAACGAAUAUAAUGCCAUUUUUAUGUGUGCAUAUAUUGUACUAAUAAUUACUAUAAAUUUCUGUUUUAUUAAUAUUAUUAUUACUACUAUGGUUUCACUACCAUUUCAUCGACUAUUGAUUAUUGCUAAUUAAUUAUAAUUAACGUUCGCGGUCGCGAAUUACCGUUGUAAUAUGCGCUUCGAUUUUUAUAUAUAAUAUGUAUAUUAUAUUGUAUAUCGAAAGAAUCGAUUACUCUGUAGGAAACGUAACUGUAUUUUGGUAUAGCGCACGAUGCGUGCGCGCGCGCGCGUGUGUGUGGCUGUGAAUGCGAUACAGAUUAAUUCUGCAUACGUUCGGCCUGAAUGCGUCUGUUUUUCUUUUGUGCUUAUUUUUAGCUAGGUAUAGCGUACAGACGGUUACUUUUCUAUUCUGACGAACAAUAUCCGUAUCAUUGUUUGGCCGGAAUUAUUUUUUAACGGUGCUCGAACAUUCUGAUAACAAUAGAUGUUUAUUUGGGCCACUGUACCCCAAGCUGUGCAAUAGCUGCAAUUCCAUUUAUUCAAAAAACUGUACCUCGUAGAGUGAUUGCAACUUAAUUAUUACAACUUUUAUUCAUUACCCGAGAUUUGUUUCAUUUUUAUUUCAUAAUUAUUGGAUUAGGGAAAUCGAUACGUGAUGUUGUUCGUCGAAAUGCAAUUCCUCCCGGAAGAUGUAUACUAGGGACCUGGAGAGAUUGCCUCUGAUUAAAUUUUCAUUUGAAUAAAUCCGCGAAUAAAAAUGGGACAUUAAAUGGGUGAAAAAUUUCGUAAACGACCCGAAACAGUUAUUCGAAGAUUUUCUCACAUUCUAACUAUCAUUCAGAAGCGAUCUUUCCAGAUUCGAGCAGUAACACGCGUUUCAAUCAAGACUGUAAAUAGAAAAUAGCAGGCGUUCGAUGGACCUCCACCUUAAGGUUCCCAACACUACUCCCGACGUUUAAGUGCCUAAAAACCGGAAGAAAAACGCGUCUAUCCUCCUCGAAUCUUCGUUGUCUAGUUUCUAGAAGCGGGUAAGAUACUAUUUUGACGGCUGGUAGCAAAACUCUCGUUUCAAGAGUGCUAGAAACACACACAGUUCUUUCUCUUCGUCGUAGAAUCUCGAGUAAAAUAGCAAUGCAAACAGUAGUGGUGAUGAAUCGAAAAACAGGUGAAAAAAAAAAUAGAUAGCAGAAGAGUAUACAUAUAUAUUUACGCAAAGUUUUAAAAGGAUUAAAUUGCAAAACCGUAGCGACGACAAAGAACGUAGGUAACAGAUCGUCAUUCCCACUUUGAUGAAUUAAUAUACGUAUAUAUAAUGUAUAUAUGUAUGUAUAAAAACAAAAAAAGACGAAAUAGUAUUUUAUCUGACUACUAGUUUCACGCCACAAAUAGACGAAAGUCGUUCGACACCCUCAGCAGAUCUCAGCACUCUGACGAAACGAACGUGGAUCGUUUAUUUUUUAAUUCGCGCAUAUAAAAGUCCCGCUCGUUUUCGUGGAGCGCGUUUACGAAUAAUUAUGGCGUUCGAAAGGGUGCGUCGGGAACCGGGGUACACGACUAUAAUCUGUAAGGUGCACGUUCAAAAUAUCUAUACAUGUAAAUAUAUAUAUCUCAGGCGCGAGUCGGAUUUUUCGAGUUAAACAAUUAUCAAUGUAGAUCAAUUCAGGCUUGUGACAAUGUAACAAAAAAGUCACCUCGUCGAUUACUCGUUAUUUUGUCCACGUAUAUUUUCGUAUCCAUCAGGUAUAAAAUUCGAAGCACAAAGAUUUAAGCUACAAAUCGCCCGUCGAGUUACAAUAUAUUAAUUGUUGUUUCUUUCCUUUGAAAUUAUAAAUUUCUGCGAACUCUUUAUUUGAAUUUUUUAAAUAAUUACACGGUAUAGAUUUUGGUGAACAUUUCUCUCAGCGAAAAAUCCGAUUGCCUUAGUACAACUGAAGCGAUCUUUCACGCCCCCUCCCCCUUGUUUCAGUGAUAAUCGUACAAAGAUAACACGCGACCGAUUCGCGACGCAUCCUGUAAACGCGCGAGCGCGUGUGUGUAUAUUAAUUAUUACAGAUAUAUAUAUAUAUAUACGAAAGAAUAUAUAUACAUACAUACAUAUAUAUAAACAGAUAAAUGAAUAUGUAUAUAUUUAAACAAAAAAGUAUACAUAUAUUCAUAUACAGUGCCACUCGACAUUUUGGAGCAACCUUCCAUCUUUAAAGUAGAGUUUCCAUA